AAGUCACCCAGUCGCGUAUCCUUUUUCAUUGCGCUCCAGCUCCUUGCAGAUGAAACCAUAGGUCGCGGAGCCGAGUGCACUUUCCAGAUAGCGGCCUAAAUAUUUUAGACUCUUCCCAGGUUCAACAUCGGUUUCAUAGAUGAGUAAUUUCAUGGCCGGUAGAUUCUCAUUAUUACUUUGAUUUGCAGGGCCAGACCUUACGUUGAUGGCAAGCGUCCGUGACAGCGGAAGUGACUAGUUUUGUUCGCCCGUCAACUCCGAGGAUGUUCACAUGCACGACAACUUGCGCGCUCGCGGCAUAAAUGCAUAGCUGGAAUCUCACUCCUGCCCCUGAUCUUUGGAUUCGAAUAUGCCCCACGGGAAUAAAGAAAUCCAUCACGUCCUUGUUUUUCAUAGUUUGCUGGCGAUAAAGAGCAACAAGUUCAAUCUCGUCCCGCUGGGCACCCAAUCUGUGAUUGUAAGAAUGGUUUCGAUGAUAUGUCGGCAAACAAGCAUCAACGUCAUGCAGGACAAUGGUUCGCCAGCGAGUGGCUACGUAUGUCAAGCAUGUCAAGGUUGGCCCAACUUGAUCAUUGCAAAGGCCAAAAUUGAACCAACAUUUUUCCGAUAUCCCGCGGCCGAGUUACCAACCACGAUUCCUCGCACUUGUGCCAAUCACGAUGUCCGUGAUAGCAAUAUGACUAUUGUCAUCACCAUAUCAUUAAUCCGAGAUAGUUCCACUAAUCUACCGUGGAGAGGCAAGUUGGACCCACGCUCAAAGGCGCAGGGAGUGAUAAUACCGGCGAAGGCACUCACUAAAACAGAGUGUCUUGGCUGCGGCCUUUGCAAUGAAUGGAGGAUCGAAGCGAAGAGAUAUAUGGGGUUUUUGAAAACAGGAACUUUGAAUUCGGAAGGGCACCGCCAUAAUUGGAGAUUGACGAGAUGGACGAUUGACAGCAGUGAUGCGGCAAAGAUCUCAUCGGCUGGCACGGAGAAUUCGACAAAUCUUUCAUCCGGAGUGUUCCAGAAACGCUCGCGUAUUAACAAGUAUGUGCGCGCAGAACUUGUUGCCAGGGGGGAUUUAUGGGCGUUGCGAUUUUAUACGACAUGCUACGAUGCGUCGCGUAUUGUCUCGCUGAGCACCGCCUUCCAGUGUUGCCAGAUCGUUCCUUGUCACACGACUCGCAGAUUCGCAAGCAGAUCAACUAGAAUUGCUGGCUGAGGGGUCUUUGGGUUUUCCGUGGCCAGCGACAUUACAAAUGCGCAGAACUUCUUUAUGUGGGCUCCUAACUGUUAAGCUAUCAGUAUCUGCAAAUAAAUGUACUAGUCCUUUGGAGACGUUUGUGUCAGGUCCAAUACCACCGACUCAAAAGUUCUGCAAAGUCCAAUGCUCUCCUUUCUUCCCAUCUGAGUUGAACUCUGUGUCUAUAGCCACCUAUCAUUACGCAGCUAAAUCACUGAUAUGAAUGCCCCAGAUCAAGUUCGGCAACCAGCGCAUUUGGAACGCAUCGAG